UGCUUCCAUCUCAAACACUUCUGAACAAGAGCGGGGAAGUGAAAGUACUUUAAAAGACAGCUUUUACACUGCCAUUUAAUGUCGCUGAACGCCACAUACAUUUCCCGUGUAAAGUGAAGACAUAUUCAAUGUUUUGGAAAUGUCCGUGGUUCAUUUCCAUGAUUUUAGUGGCUUUUAAAAUCCGGAAGGAGGGUAACAAGCAGAACUCUUACGUAUUUUCUCGUACAGCAACAACAUGGCUGGAAGAUAGAUAGAAUACCGUUAUUGUCAAUAACAGGACAAAUAUAACGAAGAGUUUUAGAUAAUCACUGGAAGCCUUGUGAGUCGUAACAAGUUGUCUCACGUCUGUUUUUCGUUUUUAAUGUUGAAUUUUGAGUUUGGUAGGCUAGCAGUGCUCGGGACAGGACGGCGGUGUGUCGCACUGAGGGCGUUCAGCGGAGCGCUCAGAGGAGUCGCGUCCUCCGAGAGCAAUGAGGAGUCCAGCACCUCUGAAAACCAGCUCUUUGACGUUAUAAUAUCCGGAGGGGGAAUGGUGGGCACCGCUAUGGCAUGCUCGUUGGGUCUAGAUCCAAAUUUGGCAGGGAAGAAGAUUCUUCUGCUUGAAGCUGGUCACAAAAAAGAGAUGGACAGGGUCCCAGAGACCUACAGUACACGGGUCAGCUCCAUCAGCCCAGGCUCAGCAACACUUCUAAGUGGUCUUGGUGCUUGGGACCAUAUUGCAAAUAUGCGAUGCAAGCCGUAUAAUAAAAUGCAGGUUUGGGAUGCUUGUUCAGAUGCCCUGAUUACAUUUGAUAAGGAGAAUCUGCAGGACGAGAUGGCGUACAUCGUUGAGAACGACGUCAUUGUGGCUGCCCUCACCAAACAGCUACAGACUCUUUCUGAUCAUGUUAAAGUGCAGUACCGAACAAAAGUGGUGAAGUACACUUGGCCCCGUCCUUACCAUGUCUCUGAGUCCAUCCCUUGGGUUCAGGUGACUCUAGCUAAUGGAAAGACUCUCCACACCAAGCUGUUGAUUGGUGCUGAUGGACCGAACUCAAUGGUGCGGAGAGAGGCUGGCAUCCCCACAGUCAAAUGGAAUUACGAUCAGUCAGCGGUCGUCGCUGUUCUGCAUUUGUCUGAGCCCACAGAAAAUAACGUAGCCUGGCAGAGGUUCCUACCAACCGGACCCAUUGCAAUGCUUCCUUUGUCAGACACGGAGAGCUCGCUGGUCUGGUCCACCAGUCAUCAGCAUGCUGAAGAACUUCUACAGCUGGAUGAAGAGAGCUUUGUGGAUGCCAUUAACUCUGCAUUUUGGAGUAAUGAGAACCAUUCUGAGUUGGUGGAGACUGCCGGCUCUCUGUUCCGGACGGCUCUUUCUGUCCUAAUGCCUGACAGCGGCUCUGCACGUCAGCUUCCACCUAGUGUUGCAGGUAUUGGCCCAAAGAGCCGGGUCAUGUUCCCACUAGGUAUGGGCCAUGCCACAGAAUACAUCCGCCACAGAGUGGCCAUCAUUGGAGAUGCUGCACACAGAGUCCAUCCUUUAGCAGGCCAAGGUGCCAAUCUAGGCUUUGGCGAUGUGGCCUAUCUCACAAAAGUUCUCAGCCAAGCAGCAUUUAAUGGAAAAGACCUUGGAGCCAUGCAGCACUUGUUGGAGUUUGAGACUGAACGUCAGCGACACAAUCUUCCUAUGAUGGCAGCCGUUGACCUCAUGAAGAGAUUGUAUUCCACUAACGCCGCACCUGUGGUUUUACUGAGGACCUUCGGCCUGCAGGCUACCAACGCACUGCCUCCACUUAAAGAGCAGAUCAUGGCCUAUGCAAGCAAGUAAAACACUAGCUGCAAACUGGAUGUUUGCUGGAUCUCUAAUGUUAGAAGAUUUUGUUCAUGGAAUGUAUGUGUAAAUGAAUAAAUUAUAUUUUAUUCCUC